GCCGCGUACCGAGGCGGACGGAGCUGCGGAGCAUCCGGCAUGUUCACGGCGGCGGCCGAGAGCUUCCUCAAGCAGGCGAGGGAGAUCCAGGAGGAAGAGCUGCGGAGAUUCGCCUCCCGCGUCGCCGCCCUCCUGCAGGGCCCGGAGCUGGGCGCUGAGGCCGCGGACUGCCUGCAGAGGCUGCACCUCACCGUCGCCGCCACCAAGUACCCCCGCAAGCUAGAUGGCAAGUUUAUGGAACUAUUGCGGACAGUGCUGUGUUCAUCCAAGAGCCCUGCGCAGAUUCAGGUGCUAUGUGCUGCCAUCCUGAGAGAGAUGUCACCUUGCAAUGAGCUGAUCCUGUCCUGUGAUAAGAUUCAAGAUGCAAAGCUCCUGAGCCUGGUAUCCUCUGUCCUUUUGGCUCAGGCAAAUAAGAAGGUUGUGUCUGCUGUGGGACAGUGUGUUGUGAAAGUCCUUGAAGGAAGACUGCCUGAGGGUCAGAGUGCUCGGUACCUUCUUCCUGUCCUGUCAAAUGUCAUCAGUCUUUCACCAGAAUCCCUAACUGAAGAGCAGACCAAUGUAGUCAGUAAAAAGAUGGCAGACUGGCUGAGGCAUGCGAGUAUUCAGCAAGGAGUCACUCAGUCCUCUGGAGGCUUCUUCAGUCCCAGAAGCAGACAGCCUGGUCCUGUCACAGAGGUGGAUGGUGCUGUUGCCACAGACUUCUUCACAGUGCUCUCAGUGGGUCAGUGCCACACACAGGACCAGUGGCUCAACAUGCAAGCCUUCUCCAUGCUGCGGAAGUGGCUGCUGUGCUAUGGGGGCAAGAAGUUGAAGACCCCUAAUUCAGAUGACAAAUCAGGAAUGGACAACUCUGUUAUGUCCGUGGUCUCAGCUACAUCCACAUCUGGUCACCUGCUUCCCCCAAAGGAGCAUCUGAGGGAGAAAGCCUUUGAGUACUGCCAGCGGCUGAUUGAGCAGAGCAACCGGCGACCCCUGAAGAAAGAUGAUGGAGACCUACAGAAAGCUUGUCUCAUUGAAGCAGUGGCAAUCAUGGACAUCAUCUGCAAACAGGACUCCUCCUACGUGUACCGUGCAACCUCCUUCCUGAAAACCCUGCAUGGCAGAAUCUGUGGGGAUGCCACUUAUGCAAGAGCACUACUGCCCAUUGCCCAGUUCUUCCUGAACCACAGUGAAAUGGCAACUGUGGACUCCGAUGCAAUCUACAAACAUUUAUUCACUGAUAUCCCAGCUCAGCAUUUCCACAACCCAUCACUGGCCUUCGAAUUUGUCCAGUUCUGCAAAGACAAUAACAAGCUCUUCACUGAGACCUCCAGCAUAUUCAAGCAGAGCUUCCCAAAUCUCUUCAAGUUCCUGGCAUGGAACAGCCCACCCCUUAUCUCAGAGUUUGUGGAUCUUCUCCCGUUUCUGCUGGACGCAGGCACAGCCAUUGAGAUCUUCCAUUUGCUACUUGACCUGCCCUGUUUGACAGCAGCUCUGGACAUCCAGCUGAGGUCAACUGCUCUUCCUACCUCCAAGAAGGCUGCCAGCAAUCCAUCUGUGAAGCCAGCAAACUGUAUUGAAGCCUAUCGCCAUCCUCUCUACAAAAGCAUGUUCCAGUAUCUUCUCCGCACCAGUUCUACUUCUGAGGAUGCCCCAGAGAGGUUGAUUCCACUUCGGCAGCUCCUGGGAUCCCUGGCCAGCAGCCCAAGGAUUGUGCAGUGUUCAGAGACCGUCCCUGUUUUACUGGAGCUCUUUUUCAGGGUGGUGGCAGAGUUUGCAGAUGGGCCGCUGAUAAACCAGCUGGUGGUGCUGCUGCUGCAGAGGAGUGACCAGCUCUAUGAGAUCCCAGCGUUUAAAGAUGACGUGUACAGGGUGCUGAGCUCGCAGCUGGUGAUGCUUUGCAGUCUGCAUCCUGCACUCAUCGUGGAAGUGUCCACGGAGAUUCUGGAGUUCUCGGGAAUGGUCAGCAACGUCCAGAACAAGGAGCCCAUCUUCACUCACAUGGUCUGGGCUAUUGGAGAGUACAUGUCUGUGUCCUACGACAAGCGCUGCACUGUGGAACAGAUCAACCAGUUCUUUGAAACUCUAGAGGUUGUGCUGUUUGAAAUCACCCAGCUCCGACCACUGGCCAGCAUUCCCCGCUAUGCACCCAGCACCAUCAGUGUCCUCAUGGCCACCUUGACCAAAUUGGCAGCUCGCAGCCAGGACUUGAUCCCCAGAGUGUCCAUGUUCCUGUCCAAGAUGAGGACAUUUUUGCAGAGCCCGGCUGUCACCUCUGUGUACUGCGAGGCGGACCUUGAGGAGCUCCUUACCCGGACAACUGAGCUCAUGAACCUCCUGAAAAUGCCAGAUGUGGCUCAGUUUGUGUUCACACCGCCCGCAGCUGCGGGAAGUACACGGUUUCAGAGGGAGGUGAAUGACACCCUCCCUUUUGCCCUGAGGAUGGUCACCCAUCUCCUAGAGCCAGCUCCUGGCUGCAUGCCACGGUGAGGGCAUGAGGUUUCUGAGAGGCUCCAGCCUCUGUUGCAACUCCCUGGACACUGCUGAUGCUAUGGCUGAGGCCCUGCUCUUCACUGGAAAUGAGGAACAAGUGAUUGUGAAUGAAAAAGAAAACAGGAAUAAGUAGAGCUGAGCUCUUCUGGUG